AUGCCUGAAUCGGAGGCAAUCCCUGACCCAAAUAAUCCGACACCUGCUCCUUCAUCCACCAUACCCGUGCUAAUUCCCCCCUCGACUUCGCUCACCGCCGAACAACACGCUUUCUACCAGGAUAUUCUCGACCACUUAGGCCUCACCGUUCCGUCUGCGGCGUCCUCCGGUAUUCCUUCCGUCCUCGGGAAGCGCAAAAUUGGACCUCCCCAAACGCGCAAGCCCAUUUCUUUGUUUGACGGAAUCCAUCAAUCACACUGUGCAGGCUACAUCGAGGGGCUUACCAUCAACGCCUUUUGGAAUAUGAAGCGCAUACUCACUUAUGGCUGUCUCAAGUCCUUUCCAACCGCUGGGGCUGCCCGCAUCGACGACCUUCCUCCCAGUGAACGUGCAGGUCAUCACGCGGAUAUUUUCGCGAAGAUUAUGUCGACAUGCCGCAUCGAUCUCUUACCUGUUUUGCAGCACAUCUACCACGACUCGAAUGCUCGUCCCGCCGUCUGGCAAGCACUAUGUGAUCGACUUGCGAUUUUACUCCCCAUUCCCGGCUCGGAUUGCCUAUUUCCACCCAUCGAACAAGGCAUUGCCAAAUCCAAACGGGGUCUUGCUCAUCCUCAACUCCGCAUGCUCAUCAUGCCCUGGAAAGACCGAGUUUUAUUUCCGCCUUUAAUCUAUGGACCACCCGCCAAUCCAACACCCACUCUAUCCCCAGAAGCUCAGACUAUCUAUGACAAGAUUGUCGCAAGUCAAUAUACCCCGUCUUGCAAAUACUUCCCUUCGUUUUGCUACCCGGAUGGCCAGUGGAACCCAGACGCCUACCUCGAAAAUCUCUUCACCGGCGUUGCAAUUUGGCGAGGCAUCAGGCUUUUAUUCGUCUCGCGUUCAGGCGCAAUUAACGCCGCAGACGACGAGCUCUCUUACGGCUGUUUAGCUGCUAUUCAUAACAUUCGUCGUGUCACCGCUCAUAUGGUUGCAUAUGUGGUUGUGCAGGUAAUGUGCAUAUAUUCUCAGGUCUACGCUGAAACUGUUCAGGUUUGGCUAUCCAUCAGCAGUGCUCCUCAGUGGACAAACCAGGAGUCCAAAAAAUACAAGUUUACCGUUCUCUAUCAGAAAGUCUUGGAUGCGUUUGCUGACGAUUCCGACCCCGAUCGCCCAGAAUGGGGCAAAGAGACACUUGAUUGGUUGACCGAGCGAGUUUUUGGCGAAGGCGAUGAUAACCUGUCAGAUGGGUCGGAUUGCGAUGGAGCUGCCAGCGAAGAUGAAGCAGUGGCUCAACGUCGCCGUCGUGCUAGCCAACGUGUGCUUGCGGAUGCGACCAACUCUGGUGGCACUUGA